ACGUACGUACCAACGCUUAAUUUCAUUUCCCUCUCUCGUCGGCUAGGUCUCUGUGGGUGAUGCAUUUCAUUGUUCCACAUCCAGAAAUCCCACUCGGCCCUGGUUGGAUCUCGAGAAAUCAAUUGGAUCUCUAGGGUUUUGAUUUCUUCUGCUUCGGAGACCAGAUCCGAGCUCAAUCCAGGGAAUUGGUGGAAGAAAAAUGCCGGUAAAGCAUGUGCAAUCGUCGUACCGAGAUCGGACGGACGAGUUCUUCGGUAUCGCGGAGAGGCUGAGGAAAUCGAUUUCUCCAGCGGCGGCGAGUAAUGCCGCGGGUGGCGCACAGAGGGAGGAUCCUAGAUCUGCGGUGGCGAUUCAAUCGGAGUUCAACAGGAGAGCUUCUAAGAUCGGAUUUGGUAUCCACCAGACCUCGCAGAAGCUAGCCAAGCUCGCGAAACUCGCAAAGAGGACAUCGGUUUUUGAUGAUCCCACCAGGGAGAUACAAGAGCUGACAGCAGUGAUUAAACAAGAGAUUUCGGUUUUGAAUACUGCUGUUAUCGACCUUCAAGUUCUCUGCAGCUCCCAAAAUGAUAGUGGUAGCUUCUCUAGUGACACGACCACUCACUCAGUCACAGUUGUGGACAACCUAAAGAAUCGUCUUAUGGAUGCAACCAAAGAGUUCAAAGAUGUCCUCACUAUGAGAACCGAGAACAUGAAGGUUCAUGAGAAUAGAAGGCAAUUAUUUUCUUCGAACGCUUCCAAAGAAUCCGCAAAUCCUUUCAUUUGUCAACGUCCUUUGGCUGCUAAGCCUGCUGCUACUGAACCUGCUCCUCCUCCAUGGGCAAAUGGUUCAGCAUCAUCAUCAUCGCAGUUAUUCCCGAGCAAACAAGGAGAUGCGGAAUCUGCACCAUUGUUGCAGAAUCGACAACAACAGCAGCAGCAGCAGCAACAGAUGGUCCCGUUACAAGACACUUACAUGCAGAGCCGUGCAGAAGCUCUUCACAACGUCGAAUCAACGAUUCACGAGCUAAGCAACAUCUUCACACAACUCGCGACUAUGGUCUCUCAGCAAGGAGAGAUUGCUAUCAGGAUCGAUCAGAACAUGGAUGAUACAUUGGCGAACGUGGAAGGGGCGCAGACCCAACUGGCCAGGUACCUCAACAGCAUAUCAUCGAACAGAUGGUUGAUGAUUAAGAUAUUCUUCGUACUCGUUGCAUUUCUCAUGAUUUUCCUCUUCUUUGUUGCGUAAACAUUGAACACCGAAAAUGGUUUUGGCUAUCUACUGUUCGUCAUUAGAUUUUACUAAAGAGAAGUUGUUAUACGUAUGUAUUGUGAAACUGAUAUAAACUUUUUUCUUGGGUGAGUUUGUAAUUUUGGUUAUUUCUAAAUGUUUGUCAUUUUAUCACGAGCUUCGAGCUUAUUAUA